GAGGAGGAGGGGCGACAGUGUAGCGGAAGGUGCUGUUUGGCUGUGGAGAAGGAGCACCGCCGCCUCUGGUUAUGAGCCUCGAAAAAGGUUCUGGUUUUGCGCGGAGAUGUGGGGAGGAAUAGCAUCACUUCGGCCCAAAUACUGCCCUCAGAUACCGCUGUACCUCCUCCUCACCUGCGCGAUAGGUCAUAUGCCUAUGGCUUCUCCUCAAAAGGUGAUCUUGAGUUCAGAGAAUUUCAGGAUCUUCUUAAACUGGACUGACCCUUCAGAUCCUCCACCUGACACUGAAGUGAACAUAAGGCCGGCAGGUGAAUGGCUGAAACUCCCAAACUGCAGCGUUCCAUGUGACGUUACGUGUGAAAUCGAAUCGUGUUACACUGCUUUUGGAGCCAGAGUCAGAAGUGUUUCAUCGCAAACUAACUGGACCUUCUCCAAUCAUUUCAAUCCUUUCCAACACAUGGUACCCGGUCCACCUGAAGUGAACGUGAAUGUGAGCCAAGCCUUUGUAAACAUGAGUGUCCAUACAAAGCUAAGUCCCUGCAAGCGAAAGGUGUUGCAAGACUGCCUGAUAGAAGUGCAAAACAAGGCAGAAUUGUGGCAGGCGGAUGAGAAAUUCAUGCGAUCUCUCCACCAAGACGAGCGCAUUCGGAUCAGUGAAUUACCUUGCUUCAACUGCUGUGUUUUCGCCAAAUCCAUUUUUUUCGAAAAAGAGAGCAAAUACUCUGCACCCGUUUGUUUCGUUGGAAAAGAAAAAGGAUUUCAAAUUGAAUAUAGUGUGAUAACAGUAUUUGUGGCAAUAUUAGUUCUGACAUUGGGGAUUGCUUUUAUCGUUUGGUUUCGAAUCCCUCGUCCUUUAAAAUUGGAAACUCCAGCCUCCCUGGAUUUCACGAAGAUCACACACUUCAUACCGUUGACUGUCGAUGAGCAAUUGGAAACCUAUCAGUUGGUCACUGUCUGUCACUGUGCCAAAAGCGAGGAGGUAACCCCCAGCCAGACUGACACCACCCCCGGAAGAAAGGAGACGGAGCAGGGGAACGAUUGGGCUCUCACUGACCCAGACACCAAGAGCGAUGAUGAAGAUGAGGUGCCGGGCUACACGGACAGUCGGUGGAUUCCUGAUGGAAUGACCUUCGACGAACCCGAAACACAGGACGAUACGAGACACCAGACUCUCGGCACAGAAAGACACGAGCAGGAAAGGAGCGGCGAUGGACAGAGCCAGGGCACUCACCUCACUGAGCCCAACAGCCAUCUGACAAAAUGCUAUUUCGCCAUUUCCAGCCCGUCCAAUUUCAGCUCUGUUGAAUUUAGUUGCAAACGUUACAACGAACAAUGCAAGCCAUUGAUUUUUAUAUUGGAUCAAGGUCAAGAACAACCCAGUCAAGGUGACAUCCCUUUGUCAUCUCUCCAGAUACUCUGACAACAACAUUAGCUGUUUUAAUGACUUGAUCUUAUCCAGUAGCAUCUCUCACAUAGGAAAAUAUCUCAAAAGUGCUUCACAGAGACAGGAGUGUGAAAUUGGGUGUGGGGCGGUGGGAGAUAAGAGUGAGUCAGAAGAGGUAGGUUUUUGGGAAAUGCAGAAGUGUGCAAGAUGGAGGGAUUUUAAGAGGGUUCUAGAGAGAA